AAUGUUGGCGGCUUUCAUUCGAUGCGCAUUUCUCAUAGGAAUUCUUGGUUGGUACAGCAUCAGCGUGUGGAAAAUGAUCGACGGUUAUUUUAGAGAUCAAUUUGCCAGUUACCUGCACGAGGAAUAUCGAAAAAAUCCCCAUAUGAAGUCUGACGUGAAGGAUGUCAAGGGUACCGAUAAAAAAGAUAAUCACGUUAUCGACGGGAACGUUCUGAUACAAAAACUUGAGGAACUUCAACGAAAGGAAAGUUGUUCCAUCGAUAAAGUAGAUUCCGAACCAAAUGUUGAAUCUUGUGAAAUUGUGGAAAUUUCUAAAUUAAUUGACCGACCGAACGAGCCCGUUGAAAAGAAAGAAAUUUUGGAGAUCAUCGUUACGGAAAAGGAAGAUUCGAAUAACGAUGAACAAAUGUCGAUAAAAGGGCCCGACAAAAUUGCGGAAAUUUUGCAAAAGGAAAAACCGAAAAAGAAAAAACUUAUCUCGAAAAAAGAAGAAGAAGAAAUUGAAGAAGAAAAAGAAAAAUCCAAGAAGCGUAGUAGGAAGAAGAAACGCGUUAAAACUAUCACUUUGAAAGAAGAAGAUUUUUUAAGCGUCAAAAAGAGACAACGGGGAACCAUUGGACAGGAUGAAGAUUUUUGGGAAUUUGAAGAGGACAAAGGGGAGGGUGAAAAAGAGAGGGAGGAGAUGAAGGGUAUACGAGUGGCCGAUCUUCCAUUCAAACCAAAACUGGAUAUUGGUCGUUUGGAAAGAAUUACGCCUGAUGAAUACUGCCCUUUGACCUUGGAAGACGAACUUUCUUGCGAGGAAACCACUGAGUGGUCCUUCAAAUAAUAAUCAUGACUAGUAUGAUGAUCCUGAUGGAAUUUUAAACGAAAUUUAAACGAAAAUUCGUCCGUUUUACAAUUUCAAUUUAUGUUUGUUUAGAGUUGUAAUGUUCUACAUUUGAAUAAAAAAAGAAACAAAAAAUUAUGGACGAGUAGUAUAAACAAAAAAAAAUGGGA